ACACUUCCGUUCUCGCAUCCCACAUCAAAUAUCAAAAGCCCAAAAGCAGCCUAACCCUAAAUUAGAGUCUGGCAUUUCAUCUCAUCCCCAACCAUGGAGCUCGUGAGUGUGCGAGUGGAGCUCAGGCGAUGUCGCGUCGCUGCCACCACCGUCCACCGCUGUGAGAGUCGUUGACACCAACACACCUCUUCUCCGAGGUCAUCACAUAUGCUGUCUUGGUGGCGGCGGCGGAACUCAGGUUGUCGUCUCUUUCAAACCGCCGUCGUCGCCCUCUCCCCCUAAAACUCAAUCGCAACAAAUAUCUAAAUCCAGAUCUGUUGAAUCAUCGUUUACGACCACAUAUGUCAUCGUCGUCGGCCUCAUUCAUCGUCUUCUUCGAUGGAGCUGAUGUUGCAGGUCAUGGCUAGGGUUGCUGCGUUAGAGUGGGGCUGGAAGGAUGAGGUGGCACGCUCGAGAGGGGGUACAGACAUGAGGCAGGGGCAAGAGCAAGGGAGGGGCAUCUGGCUGGGGCUGGAAAUAGUGGCUGGCAGGGAAGGUGAGAGUUGCAAGAUAGGGGAGUCAGGGGAGUGGAGAGAGGGCCUGCGGGGGGGGGGGGGGUUGAGAAGGGGGUUUGGAGACGGGGAGGGUAGGAUGGGAGUUGUAACUGCAGUGGUUAGCGAUUGUGCAGGGCUGGAUGUGGUGGGGAUCGGGCAGACUGAGGCUUGGGUUGGGGUGCGGUGGUUCAAUGGACGGGCGAACAGAGCCAAUCACUGGCCGGGGGAAGGGGGUGACAGUCACGGGACGGGGGUGGCACUCACUCGUCGACGGUGCCGGUGACAGAGGCGGCGGUGUCAGUGACGGCGACGAUGCUGAGAUCGGCGUUAAAAUAAUAAAUGUAUGAAUAAAUAUAAGGAAUAAAUGACUUUUAGUCACUAUUUUAGAAAAAAUUAAAAUAAGUCACAUUUUUAUCUUUUUCCUUCAUUUUAGUAAUAUUGGAAUAAAAAAGCCAUGAAUCUAAACACAUUUCAUUUAAAAAAUUAUAUUAUAUGAAUAAUAUGUCACGAUUUGCC